UUCAGUGUUUGAACUGUGUUUGCAAAUUCCUCCUUGCUGUCACCUGUCUGUCAGACAGUGGAAAUCAAACAGACACUCAGGUUACUGGAGAUCUGCACAAAAAUGAUAAAUUUUGAAUCCAUUCUGACAAAUGAUUGUGAACCUGAAUCUUUAAAUUUGUUGCUAUCCCCACAGCAGUUCCUUACUUUUGAGGGAUUUUGGUGAAUCCAGUUUCUUUUUAUUGCUUUCACUCUGGAAUGGUUUAAAUCUCCUGAUUGUCUGUUAUGAUUGGGAUUGUGUUCAGUGCAGUUGUUGCUAACAAGGUACACGUGAAUAAUCUCAGGGAUGAUGGGCUUUAUGUAUGAGGAGCAUUUGAUGGUUCUGGACCUGUGCUCAAUGGAGUUCAGAGGGACGGUGGGAGUUGCGGAGGGAUGUGUGGUUAAGUAAACCUACCGAAUGCUGGAAAGCCUGGAUACAGUGGACAUGGAAAGGAUGUUUCCAUUAGACAGAGAGUCUGUGAUCUGACAGCACAGGCUCAGAAUAAAGAUACUUCCCUUCAAAACUGUGAUGAGAAAAACAAUUUCAGCCAAAAGAUGACUGAUCUGUGGAAUUUGUUGUCAUAGAGGUUGGUUGAGGCUGCUAUUUGGGUAUAUUUAUGACAGAGAUUAAUAUAUUGAUGAUUGCUAAGUAGGUUCAGGGUUACAGAAGGAAGGCAGGAAUAUGGUGUUGGAAUAAAUCUCCGCCAUGGUUGAGUGGUGGAGCAGACUCGAUAGAUCGAAUCAUCUAAUUCUGUCCCGACAUCUCAUAUCUUACCAUGACUGAACAAUGACUCCUUCCUAUCCCAUAUCAGGUUCGGUGACGUGUCAGGGACAAUUACAGAUUUGUUCACUGAGACCGUUAUAUUUGUCUUCAAUGUUUAGAUUUCAGCAAGCAGAAAUAUUUUGUUCUCAUUUGUAUUGUUAACAUGCUUCAUUAUCGUUCGUGUUAAAGUUAGACCUGCGGUGAGAGAUUUAUUGGAAGAAAUACCCACAACUGGAAGCAAACCACGAAUGAAGAUGAGGGAGCAGCAGCAAGCGAACCAGCACGAGGACUGAGAGCACCGACUAGAGAGAAACCCUUUUGACUCAGGGUUUCCAUUGAUUCAGUCGGGAACAAGUCUGGUGAAAAACGACAAGGAAUUUGUCUAUGGGAAUUCAAACACAACACACCAGUUUUGCUGUCUCUGCCCAGAUACUUAAGAAGUGGAGCAAGGGAUUGAAUCGACCAUCCUUCCUACUCAGACGGUGGAGAGGGUUUCAGUCGAUCAUCUGACCGACUGGCAUGCCCCUCAUUUUACGCAGGGGAAAGGUCGUUCGCCUGUUCAGACAGUGGGAAUGGAUUCACUCGGUCAAAUCAAUUGAAGGUACAUCAGUGAGUUUGCACGCGGGCAAGGCCAUUCACCUGUUAUGUCAGGCUUCACUGGCAUUCACACCGGCAGAAGCUGGUCAUCUGUUGAAUUUGUGGGGAAGAAAUCACUCGGUCACCUGACCUAAUGGCUCACCAGCGAGUUCACACCAGGGAGCAGCUGUUCACCUGCAUGGACUGUGGGAAGGGAUUCACUUCUUCAUCUCAACUGAAGCUACAUCAGCGAAUUCACACUGGGGAGAAGCCGUUCACCUGCUCAGACUGUGGGAAGACAUUCACUCAGUCAUCCCACCUAAAGAGACACCAGAGUGUACACACUGGAGAGAAGCCAUUCACCUGUUCAGUCUGUGAGAAGGGAUUCAUUCAAUCAUCUGACCUACAGAUACACCAGACAGUUCACACUGGGGAGAGGCUAUUCACCUGCUCAAUCUGUGGGAAGACAUUCAGUCAGUCAUCCUACCUACAAAGACACCAGCGAGUUCACACCGGGGAGAAGCCUUUCACCUGCUCAGAAUGUGGGAAGUGA